AUGUUUAAUAAUAUUUUAUUAUUAUUAUUUAUUUAUUUAAAUUUAUUUAUUUUAAUAUUUGGACAACAACAAACAACAAAUAACCAAUCAUCAUUAUUAUCAGAACCAGCUGUUCGUGUUGUUCGACUACUAGUAACAUAUCCAAAUGCGGAUAUAGAAACAGUAAAUAAACUUCAAAAUUGGAAUUCUAUUAUGCGUAAAAGUGUACUUGCCUCCCUUCGAUUUGUUAAUAAACAUUGGCUAAUUUGUGGUGUUUCUAAUGAACAAAUAAAUUUAGAAAAUGAAAAGAAAUUAAUAAAUAAUAAUGAUUGUGGACGUCUACAAGUAACUGGAGAAUUAAUUAAUGAACAAAAUCAGUCAAAAAUAUAUCGUUUAAAUGCUACUUUUAUUGCUAAUAAAGAUCCAAUACAAAAUUCAAAAGUCGAUGCUAAUUCAACAGUUCAAUCUGUACUUUUAAUUGGAAUUAAAGGGGGAAUAUUUCAAUAUACAAAUGCUAUGAAAGUUUUGGGAAAACCAAAUUCUGAAUUGGGGUUUGAAGAAGCUUAUUUUUGUUAUCCAAAUCAGGAACGUAUUGAGGGAACUAAUUAUUGUAAAAAAGAAAAGAAAGAAAAACAAAAAAUUAAAUAA